CUCCUCCUUGCUAUGGUGAGAAAUAGAGGUUAGGGGGGGGGGAGAAGAGACUCGGCAUCCAUCGUGUGGUCACAGCAUCUGUCCCCGAUCAGGACUACUGAACAUGGUCCUCACUGGAGCCGCCUAGUCCCUGGCACAGGUCUCCCCACCCCCACAGUGACAGGAUGGGAUGCUGUUCUGGGAGAUGCACCUUGGUCCUCCUCUGCACCGUCCAGCUGAUCGCAGCACUAGAGCGUCAAGUCUUUGACUUCUUGGGCUAUCAAUGGGCUCCAAUUUUGGCCAAUUUUCUACACAUCAUCGCCAUCAUAUUAGGCCUGUUCGGCACUUUACAGUACAGGCCUCGCUAUGUCACCGCGUACGCCAUCUGGGCUGCUGUGUGGGUGACCUGGAAUGUAUUCCUUAUCUGCUUCUACCUGGAAGUGGGCGAUCUGUCCAAGGACAGCGACCUUCUGACCUUCCGCGUGUCUCAGCACCAGUCGUGGUGGAGUGAACAUGGACCUGGCUGUGUCAGGAAGGAGGCCCCUGUAGCUGGCAUGGCUGGCAUGGAGAGCCACUCUUACGUGUCAGUGGUGGGAUGUUCCAUAGAGUACCAGUAUAUCGAAGUGUUACACAGCGCCACCCAGAUCCUGCUGGCGCUCUUUGGCUUUGUGUACGCCUGUUAUGUGACCAGCGUGUUCACAGAAGAGGAGGACAGCUUUGAUUUCAUUGGUGGAUUUGAUCCAUUCCCCCUCUACCAUGUCAAUGAAAAGUCCACCCACCCGCUGUUCAAGCAGAGUUAUUUGGAAUCCUCCGCUCUUACCGUAAAGAAUCCCUUCCUAAAUUGACGGCCGGCGUAAGUGAGAGGAGCGUACAUCCAGCCGCGGAAUAGGGGACGCCCGUCGCAGCCAUGAUACAGACUCGGGAUCGGGCAGAGGAGUCGCCAAGAACCAGCACUGUACAUAAUGCGUCACAGCGAAGCGACAAAAAGGACUGCGCACUUCUGUUACUGGGCCGGUGCCCCUGCCCCCUUUUUCCUGACCCCCCCCCCCACCCUCAGAUUCCCAGGCCUUCUCUGAAUCCAAUCCUAUGUAAAGUCAUUGUUCAAAAUACAGCACCCCCCAGAGGUAGUGUGCGCCCAUCGUCCUGGGGGGGAGGAGCAGCCCGUUCAUACAACGUUUUUUUUUUUUUUAAGGUUUAAUAAAAAUUGUCACAUUAGAUUGUU